CCUACGCGAUGGCUAGUCUUGAAUGGAUUUGUGUGCCACGCUGCUAUGAAGUCACGAAGAACCAUUUGCAAGGCUAUGAGACGUACGAGCAUCCGCUGAAGCAGCAGACUGUAACCGUGGUGGAUAGCAAAGGCACGCGUGCGCCCAGUCUUGGCAGCAAUGCCAGCAGUCGCUCAUCCAGCCUCUCCCUGUUAACCGAAUCUAUAAGCCAGACAUUUGAAGGCACCGAUCCCCUGUCCCAGUUCGCCCGCCAGGAGCUGGAAUUUAACGAUCCGCUUACUCAGUUGUCCAGUGAAUAUGAACUCAAGUCGAAACGACGGGAAAAGCAACCGCCGGAGGACACCUUGAAUUGGAGCACACGUCGUCUGGGAAUUUUAAAUCGCUUCACCACCAAUGAGAAGUUGUCGCUAUCAACAAGUUUCCUGUGCACCAGCAGCAUCGAGGGCGGCGGCGAAAGCAUUAAGGCACAGACAGUGGUCGCGGACAAGGUCAAGUAUCGCCUGGAGCAACUUGACCAUUUUGAUGAUGGAAGCAUGCGUCACAUGAUGGAUUUAACGCAACAGGAAUACAUUCAGCGCUUCGAACAACUCAAGCAGGAGCUGGUCCAGUCCUGGCACAGUGAUCAACGCGUCAAAGCAUUGAAAAUAGCCAUACAAUGCGCCAAAAUGCUGGCAGACACCACCGUGCUUCAGUUCUAUCCCAGUCAGUUCGUGCUCAUCACAGAUAUUCUUGAUGCUUUCGGCAAACUGGUGUAUGAGCGAUUGCGCACGAAAGCUGUGGGAGCUCCCGGAGCGUCGGCUUUAAUGCUGGAACGGGAGCGGGAGAGUGCGCACGAUACUUGCCAAAAUUGGUUCUACAAAAUAGCAUCCAUACGGGAGCUAUUGCCGCGAGUGUAUCUGGAAAUGGCAAUAUUCAAGUGCUACGAGUUUCUCGCCCCCGACGAGUACGACUCUCUGCUCCAGCGCCUGACCUACCAAUUGCGGGGAAUUGCAGAUCCUUUGGUGUCCAGCUAUGCACGCUGCUAUCUGGUGCGGGUGGGCACACCGGUGACACACAACAAGGCGUACAUACGAGAAAAUUUCAAGGAUUUGUUCAUCAUAUAUCCGCAGAUUUUUCGCUUGGUCUCUCGCUUCAAUCUGCAUCCAGAAAUUAUUACCGCCAGCACCUAUUUGCAGUUGUAUGCCCCAGCCUUUGAUUUUAUGUUGCAAUCGUUAGUUCACAAAUGUGAGCUCUAUACCGAGGAUCUGCUCGGUGACUGCAGGGAUUUGAAGUACAAUGGCGCAAUACUAAUGUCCAUUCUAAAUUCAUAUAAGCCGGAGUUUAUUGCCUCAAAUGCUUUGGAGUUCAUGGAGCUUAUUAACAAUUCCAACACACCCGGCAUUUCCAAAUGUCAACUCCUACGGGCGCUCGGCAGUUGUGUGAGCAGCUGUGGACCCCUGCAGGAGCAGCGGGUUAAGUUCUUAAACACUGCCCUGCAAACAAUCAACACCUUAACCGAUCCCAAUGACUAUAUCAAUUGUGUGGAGACUUGGGCCCCAUUUGUGGCUCAAUACUUUACGAUUCAUGAGGUUAAUCGCUUUUUGGGCGAACUAAAUUCGCGCAUGUGCUUGGGAAAGGCAUAUGAGAAGCAUUACCCACAACUGCAGAGCAUUUUAACUAAGAUAAUGCAAAAUUAUCGCACAAUCGAGCUGCUGCUCAUACAAGAGCACUUUCUGCCUUAUUUGGAUCUCUUCCACAGGGAAUCAGUUCGCGUCGAGGUGUGCAAAAACAUACUCAGCCACUAUAAACAAAACAGCGAGGAGCACACUUGCGACGCCGUCGUUAUCAAUGCCCUCAUGUAUUUGGGAAAGAUACUCAACGAUUAUGUUAAUGCCCUCACUGUGGAGGACGAGCGUCGUCAGAUCGGGCAACUGAUCAAUGGUUUCAUUCAUAAAGUGCAUUUCGGACGCGACUUGGAACAGCAACUGAGCUUUUAUGUGGAGGCACGGGGCACGUUUAGCAAUUUAGAUGCGGUUUAUGUCACUUUAGUGUAUGCCUCCUGCAAGCUGGCGAUGACAACGCGCCAGCGUGUCCAGCAACACAAUCGAAAAACGAUGGGCUUUGUCAAGGCCUGCAUCGCCUUCUGUUUUAUCACCAUUCCGAGCAUUCAGGCGGUGCACCAGCAAAUGGAUUUGUAUCUAUUGUGUGGCCAAGUAGCGCUCAUUAAUCUCUGCCUGGGUCAGGCCGAUGCCUGUUUCGAGGCUGCUAUAUCCUUGGUUAACGAACUGCCCGCCACUGUGGACUUUGAAGGCAAGCCGCGCAGCAUGGAAAGCUAUUUGGUCUCCUAUCUGUGCAAUAUGCUGGCCACUUUGGUUAUUGUUCCGGACAGCCCAGAGCAGGGCGUUUUGUACUUUCUUCGUCUUUUACUCGAGGUGGUGGCAAAGUAUCCAUUCAAAGCGGAGAGCGCUGCGCCCACCACUAUAUAUUUGCAUGCCCUGGACAUGCUUUAUGUGCAGAGUCUGGACCAAUUUCCCUAUCACAUCGAAGAUGUUGUCUCAAAUGACGCUCUCUACGGACACGACCAGAAGUUUGUCACGGAGGUAAACAGCUUGUGUGCUCAGGUUGUGGAUGGCAUUCUGAUGCAGCUAAAGGCAUUGGGCUUAGCGCAACAACAACGCACUCAGGCGCAAUUAUCCUUGGAACUAUUCCUGCGCAUUAUACGGUAUGCGGACCUGGAACGUGAGCCAUUAUGUCAUUUGGCACUCAAUCUCUGGCUGUUGGCUUACAAAGCGGAGUCCCAAUUAGAUGCUAAGACUAUUCCUCAGACUCUGCGCUUUGUAGAAGACUUAUAUAGGCGGGUUAAGGAAUCAUCCCCAGCGCGUGCUCAGUGCAUUGCGAAGCUGCUGUUGCGCAUGCGCAACAAAUGAUCAACGGAUUCGGAGCUGAAGGAACUUGCGGAAAUUAUUUGCUAGCCUCUACAGGACUUGGCGGUUGACUUGCCAUUGUCCAGUUUGAAAAUCAAAUAUUGUGUGUGUAACUUAUAUUGUAUUAUUUUUUCUAUGAACUGACAAUUAAUUUUUAAAUGUUGUGCAAUUUACCGGCUGAAAUAAAUUAUAUACAUGAUUAUAUGAUUAAUUCAUA